AUAAAAUUCUUGGAAAAUUCAAAAGUGGGUCCACUUCCUUCAUUUCUUCUAGUUUUACCCACUUUAAAAGUCAGCUUCUUUGCAUUCCUCAUUUGUUCAACAUCUCUGAAAAAAUAUUAACAAUGGCGGCUGUUGAUGUUGAAAAGGCAAUGAAAAUCGAGGAAGAUUCCAGUGUUAUGAAGAACAGGGGAAACACUAAGAAGAAGCAAAGAAAAUCGUUGAUUUUGCCUAGAUUUGGAUGCUUUAGAUUGGAUGAUGAAUCUCCAACCGUUGAUAGGAAGUAUGAUGAUGGAAGUAUUGAUAUGGUGUCUGCUGGUGCACUGGAAGAUCGUACAGAUCCUACUCAUUUGAUCGUCAUGGUUAACGGGAUCAUUGGAAGUGCACAGGAUUGGAGAUAUGCUGCCAAGCAUUUUCUCAAGGCAUAUCCCCAAGAAGUUGUAGUUCACUGCAGUGAAAGGAAUACUUCAACCUUGACAUUCGAUGGAAUCGAUAUCAUGGGAGAGCGGCUUGCAGAUGAGGUGAUAUCAGUCAUCCAGCGUUACCCAAAUCUGUGCAAGAUUUCAUUCAUAGGCCAUUCUUUAGGCGGUUUGAUCGCAAGAUAUGCAAUCGCCCUACUCUAUGGAGGAAAUUAUUUGAAUCGAAUAUCCAAACUAGAUGGAGAAAUCGGAAGCAACGGAAGUACAAAAGUAUCACCGGAAGAAAAUUUUAUCAGUAAGAUUGCUGGUCUGCAGCCGGUGAACUUUAUAACAGUUGCAACUCCACAUCUUGGUUCUAGGGGGCACAAUCAGGUUCCAAUGUUUUGUGGGUUCCACACACUAGAAUUGGUAGCGCGACAAUUAUCAUGGUUUCUUGGAAGAACGGGAAGGCAUCUGUUUUUGACUGAUGAAGAUAAAGGAAAACCCCCUCUUCUUCUUAGGAUGGUGACAGAUUGUGAAGGUCUUCCAUUUUUGUCUGCGUUACAAUCCUUCAAUCGUUGUGUCGCCUAUGCAAAUGUGCGCUUUGAUCAGCUCGUAGGAUGGUCGACAUCUUCACUCCGACUUGAAAAUGAACUUCCAAAGAGACGAAAUUUUCUUAAAAAUGACAAAUAUCGACAUAUAGUAAACGAGGAGAUGGGAGUGGUCUCGGGUCCUGAACGAGCUUUGACUUUGGAGUAUGGAUGGAAAAACAUGAGAACUCGAGAAUUGAUGAACGAAAUGAUAAAAGGGCUUACAAGAGUUAGAUGGGAAAGAGUUGAUGUUAAAUUUGGUGGUGGUAGAUAUAGAUUGCUUGCUCAUAAUUCAAUUCAGGUGCAAACUUACUGUGUACAUUCAGCAGGAGCUGAUGUUAUACAACACUUGAUUGACAAUUUUGUCUUGUAAAACUUUGUAUAGUAGGGUAGCUAAACAAAUAAUUAGAGGAAAAAAAAAAGUGAAAAAUGAAAAUUGUACAUAUUUAAUAGAUGAGAUUUUCAAAUUUUGACAUGUAAAAUUUUGUUUACUAUUGCUAAUUAUGGGUGUCAUUGUUGUAGUACUGUAAUUGAAUUAUAUUAAUACAAUUUAGUGCAUAUAGCAUCCCGCAGAGCCAGGGUUCCGAGAAAGGUUUCACGAUAACUGUGUAAUGAAAUGGAGAUUUACAUGUAUACUAAUUCUACUUAAUUUUUAAUUUAUGUGUUAUAUGCUACGCAAUUUAAUAUUCACAUGUAUUUAAUCAAAUAAUUUGGAUUAUGAAUGAGAUUGGUAUGGAUACACUUUUCAAACUUUAAUUCUGCUUUAUCAACCGACCGCGACCUGACCAA